AUGCCUGAAGCUGUCGCGAUGGCCCAGAAGCGGGUGCUGGGAGAAGCAACAAAUAAUCCCCGCGGUGCCCUGAAUUCUCCCGCUGCAGCAAAGAAACGAAAGCUCGAUGGACAGCCUUCCGCAAGAAUCAAUUCGAUACCCCAAAAUGGUCAGCGGAAAAACUUCGGCUCAAGUCAACCCCAGAAAAGCCAAUUUGAGGAGGAAGUUUUGGAGAAGUUGACGCAGGAUAUAAAUGGUCUCAAGGACAGCAACACAGAGAAGGAUCAACAAUGGGAACGACCACCCUUAGGAGACUUCGAUGCGGCGAAAGAAAAUAUCUGCUUCCAGCAGAUUGAUGCGGAGGAAGGGACAAUCACUGGCGGCAAGACGGCUGUUAGACUCUUCGGCGUUACAGAGAUCGGUCAAUCGGUUCUUCUCCAUGUCACCGGCUUUCAGCACUACCUUUACAUCGCGGCACCAGUCAACUUCACCAAAGAGGACUGCGAUCCCUAUCGUGCGUUUCUGGAGAGCAAACUCGGACACUUUCAACCCGUCAUUCAAUCCGUCCAGAUAACGAUGAGAGAGAAUAUCUAUGGAUUCCAGGGCAAUCAGAAAAGUUACUAUCUGAAAAUAACUGUCACAGAACCAAAGUUCAUCAGCAAAGUCCGAGGCGCUCUAGAGCACAAUUCGCAGGGCUUGAAUUACAAGGGGCUUUGGAGCAGCGCGGAUGCGGGUAUUUUGACCUUCGACAACAUCCAGUAUCUUCUCAGGUUCAUGAUCGACACGGACAUCUCUGGUAUGUCGUGGGUCGAGGCCAAGGCCGGAAAGUACCGCCUCCUCGAUGGACGAGAAAAACUAUCGAAUUGUCAGAUUGAAGCUGUCAUCGAUUAUCGGGACUUGAUUUCCCACCCGCCCAACGGCGAAUGGGCCAAAAUGGCACCCCUUCGCAUCCUGUCGUUCGAUAUUGAGUGUGCCGGUCGUAAAGGAAUCUUCCCAGAGCCGAACCACGACCCGGUCAUUCAGAUUGCCAAUGUCGUGACUCGUUAUGGAGAAUCAAAACCAUUCAUUCGGAAUGUUUUUGUUCUGGAUACUUGCAGUCUUAUUGUGAACACCCAGGUUUUGGAAUUCGACAAGGAGGAGAAAAUGCUCAUGGCAUGGCGCGAUUUUCUUGAGAAAGUCGACCCCGACGUCAUUAUUGGAUACAAUAUUGCCAAUUUCGACUUUCCUUAUCUAUUGGAUCGUGCAAAGCACCUUAAAUGUGGUGGGUUUCCGUAUUGGACACGAAUGAAGGGUAUCCUUUCGCAGGCUACCUCGACCAACUUUUCUAGCAAGCAGAUGGGCAACCGAGACACAAAGGCAACGAACACAAACGGAAGAAUACAGCUUGAUCUCCUUCAGCUGGUGCAGAGGGACUACCAUCUGCGAAGUUAUACACUGAACUCCGUGUCCUACGAAUUUCUCAAAGAACAGAAGGAAGAUGUUCAUCACACAAUGAUCACCGAGCUGUACAACGGAACUCCUGACUCGAGGCGGCGUUUGGCAGUCUACUGUCUUAAGGAUGCUUACCUACCACAAAGACUGAUGGACAAACUGAUGUGUCUGGUCAACUACACCGAGAUGGCAAGAGUCACGGGUGUCCCAUUCAAUUUCCUGUUGUCUCGUGGUCAGCAGGUCAAGUUCCUCAGUCAAUUGUUCCGGAAAGCGUUGGAGCAGCAGCUUGUCAUUCCCAAUAUGAAGUCGACGGAUGAGCAAGACUAUGAAGGUGCCACCGUCAUCGAACCCAUCAGAGGAUAUUAUGGCGUCCCAAUUGCUACCCUUGAUUUUGCGUCUCUAUACCCUUCGAUUAUCCAGGCACACAACCUCUGCUAUACGACCCUUUUGAACAAGAAUAGUGUCGAAAAGCUCAAAUUGAAAAAGGACGACGAUUACAUUGUGACUCCGAACGGCGACAUGUUCUGUACGGCUAAAGUGCGCAAAGGUCUCCUGUCGCAGAUUCUGGAAGAACUGCUUUCCGCCAGAAAACGCGCGAAGAAAGAGUUGGCCAUCGAAACUGAUCCUUUCAAGAAAGCCGUUCUCAACGGAAGACAGCUUGCUUUGAAGAUCAGCGCUAACAGUGUCUACGGCUUGACUGGAGCCACUGUAGGAAAACUGCCUUGUUUACCUAUCGCAAGUAGUACAACGAGUUAUGGACGUCAGAUGAUUGAGAAAACCAAGCAAGAGGUGGAAGCAAAAUACACAAUUGCUAAUGGCUAUUCUCACGACGCUAAAGUUAUCUAUGGUGACACUGAUUCGGUCAUGGUGAAGUUCGGCGUGAGUGAAUUGGAGGACGCCAUGAAACUUGGACAGGAGGCAGCAGACUUUGUCUCCUCGAAAUUUCUGAAGCCGAUCAAGCUCGAGUUCGAGAAGGUGUACUUUCCAUAUCUUCUGAUCAACAAAAAGAGAUAUGCUGGCCUGUACUGGACGAACCCGAAGAAGUUCGAUAAGAUGGACACGAAGGGAAUUGAAACUGUUCGCCGAGAUAACUGUCUGCUGGUCCAGAAUGUUAUUGAGACGGUGCUACACAAAAUCCUAAUCGACCGAGAUAUCGAUGGUGCUCAAGACUACGUCAAGGAUACUAUCUCGGAUCUUCUGCAGAACAAGGUCGACAUGUCCAAGCUGGUGAUCACGAAAGCGCUCUCCAAGGCAGACUAUACGGCGAAGCAAGCCCACGUCGAGCUUGCCGAACGGAUGCGCAAACGUGACGCGGGAUCUGCCCCGACGCUUGGUGAUCGUGUUGCCUAUGUCAUCGUGAAAGGUGCUGGAGGUUCGAAGAACUAUGAGAAGUCUGAGGACCCAAUCUACGUUUUGGAAAACAACAUUCCUAUUGACACAAAAUACUACCUCGAUAACCAAUUGGCAAACCCUCUCGGUCGUAUCUUCGAACCUAUUCUCGGGGAAAAGAAGGCCAGCCAACUCUUGACGGGCGAACACACUCGGUCCAUUUCUGUCGCGGCACCUACGCUCGGCGGUCUCAUGAAGUUCGCAAAGAAAACCCAGACGUGUAUGGGUUGCAAGAAACCCCUUUCUGGUAAAGAAGAAAUGGCUGGCGCUGUCUGCGAGCAUUGUCGCCCGCGCAUGGGUGAGCUCUACACCCGAACCCUGAACAAGGUUUCUGAUCUGGAAGUCCGUUUCGGCCGGCUCUGGACCCAAUGCCAGCGGUGCCAGGGCAGUCUACACUGCGAAGUUAUCUGCUCGUCUCGGGACUGUCCUAUCUUCUACAUGCGUAUGAAAGCGAAGAAGGAUGUUGAGGAUGCAGAGAAAGAAUUGUCGCGGUUCGAUUUCGACCCCGGUGCAUGGUAG